UUAAAGGAAAUGCCUUCAGAGGGAAAAUUUCAACAAAAGGCUUUUGCACCCCUUGUUUUGCCAUUCAAAGGAAUUGGCUAACUUCAACCACGUUUCUGUGAACGGUUGCCAUUUUCCCGCAAGAUGAGCCAAUUUGAGAAACCUACCAGCGAAAUUGACCGGUUUCCUACCUGGAAUUGUAUAUUUAAUUUUAUUUAUUUUGAAAAAUUAAUGAUGUAAGAUAUGUCACUACUGUAAAUUAACUUGCUUUUUUAUCUGCUGCUGAACAGUUUCUACUUUAUACCAGGUUUCUUAUGCAAUUUAGUGGUCAAGAUUGUGUAGAACAAAACCCGUUACCAUUAGGUCAUCACUUGUCCUCCCUUCUGAAUACUUAACGCCCAGAUUAACGUCGGCCCGACAAAUCUCUGUCAAUAGAUGUGAUUAUUUUCAACACGUCAUUGAAUCACUGUUGCCUUUUGUUCCGCCUCACGUCCGCACAGCCUGCUUGUUGUUUAGAGGGACAGGUUGAGAACGUUUUUCGAAGGGUUUUCAUACAGUCUGUACUUUCUGAGAAACGGUCUCCUGCUAGCAUUUUCUUCUUAUGCUGGUGUAUGUUUGAAGUGAUAUAAAACCAUGACUCUCAAAACCUGCAUGAUCCCCUCAAACAGCUCUGUUAUGUAUUGUUGCUAGCUGUAGAUGUAAAUGGAAUGGCUUACUCAGUGAUUUGAGAGUUAUUGUUUCAUAAUCUAUUGACUCACACAAGCAUAGCUGAUGGUGAAGGAAGGUUUGUGCAAACUUCUCACGAUGAACGUUUUAUUAGGGUCUCAAUUAGCAAUCAGCACUGUAAACCUCUAAUAUUGCUGAGCCUUUCCCUUAACACGUGGCCCUUAUGGUCAUUUAAGAUAUCUAUUAAUUAUCACUUAGUCUAAUGUAUUUUUCACAACGUUGUAAAUCACGGAAAACCAAACCAUGCAGUCGGCGAAAAUAGCUUCAGCUGGGAUUAGUCUACAUGUGUACUGGUAACUGGCAUUAGAGCUCCAUUUUAAAAGGUAAAUUCAUUUGCAAAGGGUUAUGGUGGUUUGAGUUCUUAAUCUGUUUAAAAUGGGGAAUUUUAGGGGCUCCGUGGUAGAGUUAGGCUAGUCGUUUUUACUUUGUUGUGGCACAUUUUGGCUUUCGAUCAACGUGUGGGUAAAGGAUGACGCGUAGGUCACAUUCACUUCAAGGUUUAGACUCAAGAGGACUUUGGGUAGAUUGUUAAGUAAUGCUCUUUCAUUCUAUCAACAUCUUAAAUUCUGAUAGGUGCAUACUUAGAUAAUAUUUAUCACCUUUUACUUAAUCACUGAAUUUUGGUUGUAAUUCUUGAUAGACUUGAAGUCAACACACCACUUAGUGAAGUGUAAAUAAGUGUUCAUGAUGGGAAGGGAACACAAUCCUGCAUCUAGGUUUUUAAUUUUGAAAGAAUAUACACAGUCGUGUUUGGGUGGAGUCUGUAAAACCAUUGGCUUUAGUUCACUUUCGCUGAUGGUGUUGCUGACCGUUAAGCCAUGAUGACAUCUAUUCUGAAUUAUGUUAUACAUGAUUGAUCUGUGACUGACAUUGACAAAUAGCUAACCAUGUUUUGGCGCAUGCAAUCAGGUUUGAAGGAGUUGGGUAUGUUUUAAAUCUGAUACCAUUGGUAGUACAUUCUGGGUGAAUGUGAUGUGUACAGUUAGUAGUUUUCUGUAGACUUUAUGAUCACACAACUGCUGUUGACAUUACCUUUUUAAGUCAGAAUUUUCUAACCUACCAUGACCUCCUCUGACCGGUGUUCACUGUAUUUGCACAGAUUCGGUGCGUUUGAAAUGUCAUUAAGCAAUACGCUCUGAAAAUGGUGUGUCCAGGUAAUCCACCCUAACGCCAUUAUUUUUUUUGUUUCCUUUUUUUUCCAUUUUGUGUCAAUGCAAUGUAUAUUGGACAUGAUGCUCAAUAAAGUGUGUAAACAGAGAUGCCUGUAAUGUUUGUGUUUUACAGUUUAGAUGAGAACACGCCAUGGGUUCAAGUAUAUUAGACCUCUGCUCUGUAAUUGGAACCCUGGGAUUAGCGUCAGAUUUCAGGGCUGGCUUCGUUUCACACACAUAAGGUUCUGCUGGCUGCAACACACACUGAACUGAUAGAGGUUUGCAACCUCUCUGACAUAUCGACAGGAAAUAUUGGGGUUGUAAGUAACAAUGAGAAAGCAAGUAACAUUUGUUGAGCAGCGGAAAAACGAGAACCUGUUAAAAAAUGGAAGUGGUCACAUCUUAAUGAGGUCUGCAGAAUCUAACCAGAGAGGUACGGAUGGCUUUGAAUGUCUACCUAGUCAGCAAGUGAGGGAGAUGUACAGAGGAACACACGUAAAUGUGUCUGCAGGCGGCCAGCACAUGAAGACAAUACACAUUCCCAAAUCUAUGAUGUCUGCACCCUUCUUACAGCAUCCAGCCCUUACAGCUGGACAGAGACGCUACCUUUGCAGUAUAGCAAACGUUUACAGUACAGAGCACAUGAGGCAGCAGAUGAAGCAGCACUAUCUCAAUGUGCUGCACACAUGUGUUCAAUCAGGUCCGAAUCCCACCUGCAGAAGGAGGUUUGGGUUUCACCAGCAGAGAGACAACAGUACGUUCACGAAGGAUGCACAGAAGGAUGUGGCAAGAGCGAAGCCUCAAGGACAGAGGAAAAGCAGCAGCACCGCUAAUUCUGAUGUCAUACUUCCAAAACUAGUCAACAGAUGACCAAUGUGAUGGCAAAAUGUUUUCAAUUUAAAGGCGUUAAUUACCUUCUACUGAGUCUUUAUGUUGAUCUUUGGAUCAACACCUGUUUGCACACAUUUAUCAAAUAUGACUAUAAAUGUGUGCAGUCAUAAUCUUAUACAGAUAUUACAAGCACCACCACAUUUAGAGCUAAAGCACAUGUCAUAUUUACAUGUCCUGUUAGUUGAAUGACCAUGUAGUAGUUGUCGUAAAGUUUAUAUAUUCUUAAUGCUAUUACCCAAAUAAAAAUGAUUGGAUAUGCUGUUGUCUCUGA